AUGGUUCGUUACGCUGCCACUCCUGCUAACCCAGCCAAAUCAGCUUCUGCUCGUGGUUCUUAUUUAAGAGUUUCAUUUAAAAACACUAGAGAAACUGCUCAAGCCAUUAAUGGAUGGAAAUUAGAAAGAGCUCAAAAAUAUUUAGAUCAAGUUUUAGAUCAUCAAAGAGCCAUUCCAUUUAGAAGAUAUAAUUCAUCUAUUGGUAGAACUGGUCAAGGUAAAGAAUUUGGUGUUACUAAAGCUAGAUGGCCUGCUAAAUCAGUCAAUUUUGUUAAAGAUUUAUUAAGAAAUGCUCAAGCUAAUGCUGAAGCUAAAGGUUUAGAUUCUAAUAAAUUAAUUAUUUCUCAUAUUCAAGUUAAUCAUGCUCCAAAACAAAGAAGAAGAACUUAUAGAGCUCAUGGUAGAAUUAAUGCUUAUCAAUCUACUCCUUCUCAUAUUGAAUUAACUUUGACUGAAGAAGAUGAAAUUGUUGAAAAAUCAAUUGAACAAAAACAAGUUAGAUUAAAUUCAAGACAAAGAGGUAGAUUGGCUUCUCAAAAACGUUUAACUGCUGCUUAA